AUGUCCGUUCUGGAACGCCUCAUAGUGUCCGUAUCUUCCGAAUCUAAUGCAAUGUAUAAUUUUAGAAUGACGGACUCGGAAACGGAAUCAUUUCAUAGUGCCGUUGAUAGUUUGUCGGACCGGGAAGACGCAAACAGCAAUGAUAGUAGCCUAAAGAUUGGGAAAUUUGAUGAAAGAAGGAAGGUUGAUGCUACCGAAGAUAAUAGACAUGAAUUCGGAGAAACCCAUGAAAUGCCAAAUACUAGAAUACUUGAAGUGUUAUCCUCAAAUCGGAAGAAACAAAUGUAUCAGAAUUUAUCAUCUUCCGAAGAACCUGCAACAUGCAAAUUUAUUCCGGCGAGACAAAACGAUGAUUGUGUAGCAGUGGAUGAAGCUCAUUUUGAUCCAGAAAGGAAAAUCAUUUCAACUCAAGAAUCCGGAAUAAGUGAUCUCGCUUCUCGAAAGAUACUCAAUUCCCAGACCUUUGAAUAUCCCACUUCACAGCACAAUUGGAUGGGUAUUGGGAAGGUAUCCAGUUCGGGAAAUUAUAGCGAGUCUGAUAAAAUUUUCCGAAAAGAUGAGGAGCUAUUCGGAAUGAAUAGAUUUGAAGACGAAGAUGAGCGAAAAGUUGGAAUAAAUAGCUAUAAAAUGUCUAGAAAAGAAAAUAAAGCUUCUGAAUGUGGGCUUGUAUCGAGAGUUAUUGAUAAUGUAGAUAAUGUUAGUGUAGCAGAGGAAAUCGAAGAACGGUCCGAAGAAAAGACCGAUAUUGAUCAUGACGGGUGGGAUGAUUGGGAAAUGCAAUAUUCACGAAGAGAUGGGAAUGAUAGCGGAAUUUUAGAUGAAAACCGAGAACCGCCACGGAUGUUGGCUUCGGAUGAAGAAGAUCGAAUUAUUGCUAAUUCGAAAUCGGAGGCUCGGCAGAAAAAAGAAGAAAUCAAGACAAGCAAAUCAUUUUGGGAUUGGACUGAAUUUGGCGAUGUGGUCACUGCUGUUGGGGAAGGUUUAACAAACAUAUCCAGCGUUGUUGAAUCAGGUCUUGGAUUACCAGCGCCAGAAGAAUUAGUAAGAAACCAACCAGUAGAGAGGCGUGUGAAUGAUUCUGCAGUGGCUGCGAAAGAAACGGAAGAAGUAGCUAGCUCUAGUAUAAAAUCAUACGGCAAGCUGUUCGCAGGUUUUGGAGCUAACGUUGUAACGGGUUCGCUGGACGUACUUGAAGCACUUGGCAAGAAGACAUUUGAAAAAUUAACUAUACCAGAACAGGGUUCCGAGAAAAGGCGAUUUAUUUUCGAACCAGAAAGAGGUCAAAAUUUAUCCGAAGUUUUACGAGAGUUGCGUGAAAGUCGAGCAGAAGAGACGACAUUCGAAAGUAAUUGUAUUACAAAGCGCGAACUUACAUUUAUUGACUUCUUCGAAAGAUUUAGUGGUAUGCUUCAUUUGGAAGGCCUCGAAAUGCUCUCCAAAAAUUAUUUAAGAAAAAUUCCGUCACAGAGAAAGAGCAAAGUAAAUGAAAUUUUUGCUGAAGAUUUGGCGAAUACUUUGGAAGAAUAUCAGGAUAAUGAACAAGAAAAUUUCCUCCAAAAUUUCAAAGAAAUAUUAUUAGCCAUCGCUCUACCUUACAACGUGAGGGUUCGGGCUUGAUGGAUGCCUAUAGGCGAUGUCAAGAACGUUUAGAAAAACUAUCAGAUUCCAGUGAUCAAAUUUUCGAAGUUUUCUUGGAAUGUUUGGCUGAUUUUACCGCUCAAAGUGUGCAGUCAAUUCAUAAAUUAGGACAGCUGAUGUUAAUUACGGCAACUACAGUGAAGCAGGAACCGUUUUCUGAAUUUCAUUGCUUACUCGGGCGGCAAAUUUCAUUUUUCAGUAAUCAGUUUGCUCAACAUAUCAGCGCGGUUGACGCACCUUCUGAAGAAAUAGAAGAACUGGUCACGGCGGUAUUUCUAGCAGCCGGAGACUCAUUCUCAUAUGUACAGCAGUCUUUUCGUCUUCUCCGACCAUUACUGAUUCUGUGAUACGACUUUUCUCCACUU